AUGUCGUCUCCCUUUACCUGCAAGUGGGGCAUCCUCGCCACGGGCGGCAUCGCAGCCACGUUUACAAAGGACCUCCUCGUCGAUCCCUCGACGCGCAACGUCUCGGACGUCAGCCACCAGGUGGUCGCCGCCGCCUCGUCGACGUCGGCCGAGCGCGCGCGCCACUUCCUCGCCGACGUCGGCGCCGACCCCGCCCGCUGCCGCGCCUAUGGCAGCUACGAGGAGCUGGUGCGCGACCCCGAGAUCGACAUCAUCUACGUCGCCACGCCGCACUCGCACCACUACGAAAACACGCUCCUCUGCCUCGAGGCGGGCAAGAACGUGUGCUGCGAAAAGCCCUUUACCAUCAACGCCAAGCAGGCGGCCCACCUGGCCAAGGUGGCCCGGCAGCGCGGCCUCUUCCUCAUGGAGGCCGUCUGGAUCCGCUUCUUCCCCGUCGUCGUCGAGAUCCAGCGCCUGCUCCACCACGACCGCGUGCUCGGCAAGAUCCACCGCGUCUUUAGCGACCUCAGCAUCGCCUUCAAGCCGGAUCCAAACCACCGCCUCUUCAACCCAGACCUCGGCGGCGGCGCCCUCCUCGACCUCGGCAUCUACGCCCUCACCUGGCAGAUGCUCGUCCUCUACCAGCACCCGGACAACGCCCGCGCCCAACCGCGCGUGCACGGCAGCAUCGUAAAGACUCCGCUGACGGGCGUCGACGAGCUCACCACCGUCGCCCUCAACUUUGACCAGAUGGGAGCGCAGGGCAUCGCCACCACCAACAUGACGGUCAAGAGCUCGCCGCACUAUGUCGUCCUCGUCCAGGGCGAGAAGGGAGAGCUGUCGGUCCCAUUCCCCACCUACCGCCCCGAAUCUUACACUCUGCGGCUGAGGGACGCCGAGGGCGAGCUGGGCGAGCCGCAGACCAAGACGUUCCCCAUUCCCGGACACGGCAUGUUCUGGGAGGCCGAUGCGUGCGCCCGAGCGCUGCGCGACGGCAAAAACGAGGCCGACCGAUGCACCCUCGACGAGUCGCUCCUGACCAUGGCCAUCAUGGACGAGGUGCGCUACUCGAACGACUUCCGCUACCCCGACUCGAUCGAAUCGGUCCGCGACGACGCCUAG